AUGAGAUUGAAAAAGCCCUCACCUUCAAGGCAUCAUAUUUUUAAUGACCAAGAAGUCUUGUUUGCAUCUCUCUUUGCCUUUUUGGUAGUAGUUAGCUGUGGAUUAAUUACGAUUUCCUGGAUAGCUAUCAAGGAAUCUGGAAAAGAUGCUGUAUUUGACCAAAGUAAUAAAACCAGAGGAAUGUUUAAAAUAGUAUCUGGAGCAACAUAUACUCCAAGUUUACAAGACAAACUAUCAACUGAUUUCAAAGUUCUUGCUUAUGACCUUCGGCAAAUGGUAGAUGAAAUAUUUCUAACAAGUCGUUUGAAGGAUGAAUACAAAGGUUUUAAAGUUUUGCAGUUCAACAAUGGCAGCAUUUUGGUCAUAUUUGAACUUUUCUUUACCAAGUGGGUAUCAGAUGAAAGUAUUAAGGAUGAGCUGAUUCAAGGAAUUGAAGCAAAUAGACAACUGAUGACUUUGCACAUUGAUUUGGGCAGCAUAUAUAUCACAGGAGUUAUUGAGAAUUAUUACACAAAAUCAUUUGCAACAGAUGCUGACCAACUAACAACUAGCAAUCCUCCAACAACCAAAGAAAUUGUCCCAGUUGAGUGCCUCCCUGGUUCAAAACUUUGUGCUGAUACUCUAAACUGUGUACCUGAACAACUAUUUUGUGAUGGAGAACCAAACUGUCCUGAUGCUUCUGAUGAAAGCAGUAGAAUUUGUGCUACAGCUUGUGAUGGAAAUUUUAUGUUGACUGGUUCUACUGGAUAUUUUCAUUCACUUAAUUAUCCAAAACCUCUCGACUCAAAUACCUUUUGCCAGUGGAUUAUACGUGUGCAACAAGGCUUUUCCAUUAAGCUGCAUUUCAGUAAUUUUGAUACAUAUUACUCAGACAUAUUAAAUAUUUAUGAAGGCUUAGGACCAAACAAAAUUUUAAGAGCUUCCCUCUCAGGACCUAAUCCAGGAACAAUAUACAUUUUUGCUAAUCAAGCAACUGUAAAGUUUCUUAUAUAUUCUGAUGAAAAUGAUUAUAUUGGCUUUAAUGCAACAUAUACUGAAUUUAACAGCAGUGAACUCAACAAUUAUGACAAAAUUAACUGCAACUUUGAAGAUGGAUUUUGUUACUGGAUCCAAGAUAUAAAAGAUGAUGAUGAAUGGGAAAGAAUUCAAGGAAGUUCGUUUCCCCCUGGAACUGGACCAGAUUAUGAUCAUACACUGGGCAAUUUUUCAGGAUUUUAUAUUUCUACCCCAACGGGGCCAGGAGCGAGAAGAGGAAGAGUUCGGCUUUCAAGUCUCUCUUUAGUUCCCUCUUCAGAUCCAGUUUGCCUUAGCUUCUGGUAUCAUAUGUAUGGUGAAAAUGUCUACCGUUUAAACAUUAAUAUCAGCAGCAAAUAUGAUGUGGAAAAGACAAUUUUUCAUAAAGAAGGAAAUUAUGGCAACACUUGGAACUAUGGACAAGUAACAGUAAAUGAGAAAGUUGAAUUUGAGGUUCUUUUUGAUGCUUAUAAAAGUGGAUACCUGAGUGACAUAGCAUUGGAUGACAUUGGCCUAGCAAGUGGAAUUUGCAAUCAGAGUCUAUAUCCAGAACCAACCCUGGUACCAACUCCACCACCAGAGCUUCCUACUGACUGUGGAGGACCUGUGGAACUUUGGGAACCAAAUACAACAUUUUCUUCUAUGAAUUAUCCAAAUAACUAUCCCAAUCAAGCUUUCUGUGUCUGGUACUUAAAUGCUGAAAAAGGGAAGAACAUCCAACUUCAUUUUGAAGCAUUUGACUUAGAAGAUAUUGCCGAUGUUGUUGAAGUCAGAGAUGGUGGAGAUGACAACUCCUUAUUAUUGGCUGUGUACACAGGGUUAGGCCCUGUAAAGGAUGUCUACUCCAGUACCAACCAGAUGACUGUGGUCUUCAUCACUGAUACAUCAAUAAACAAAAGAGGGUUUUUAGCCAACUUCACUACUGGAUAUCGUUUAGGAAUGUCAGAACCCUGCAAGCAAAAUGAGUUUCAGUGUGUGAAUGGAGAGUGCAUUCCGAUUGUUAAUGUUUGUGAUAAUUAUCAACAUUGUACUGAUGGUUCAGAUGAAACAAAUUGUGUUCAGCUAGUCAAUGGCACGUUAAGUGUCAAUGGUUUUGUACAAUUCAGGAUUCAGAGCAUAUGGCAUGUGGCUUGUGCAGAUAACUGGAACAACCAGCUUUCAAAUGAUGUUUGCCAUUUGUUAGGAUUAGGGAAUGUGAAUACAUCAUCGCAACUUUUUUCAACUGGUGGUGGACCAUUUGUCAAACUAAGUAUAGAUUUUAAUGACAGUUUAAUCCUGAUGCCCAGUGAAAAAUGUUCUAAUGAUUCACUGAUUCAUUUAUCCUGCAAUCAUAAACCUUGUGGGAAACAACUAGUAACUCAAGAAACUAACCCUAGAAUUGUUGGUGGAAAUAAUGCCAAGGAAGGGGCAUGGCCCUGGAUGGUUUCUCUGUUUUUCAAUGGACGCCCUAUAUGUGGUGCUUCUCUUAUUAGCAAUGAGUGGCUGGUCACAGCAGCACAUUGUGUGUAUGGGAGGAAUUUAAUAACAUCUCGGUGGAAAGCAGUCCUAGGCCUUCACACUACAUUGAAUCUGACAAAUUCUCAAACAGUAAUUCAACUGAUUGAUCAAAUUAUCAUAAAUCCACAUUACAAUAAGCAGACAAAGGACAGCGACAUUGCCCUGAUGCAUCUUGAAUCCAAAGUGAAUUAUACAGAUUACAUACAGCCUAUUUGCUUACCUGAAGCAAGUCAAGUCUUUCCUCAAGGAAUGAACUGUUUUAUUGCUGGCUGGGGUAGAAUAAAAUAUCAAGGUUCUACCGCUACCAUACUGCAGGAAGCCCAAAUCCCUCUUAUAUCAAAUGAGAAAUGCCAACAACAGAUGUUGGAGUACACUAUUACUGAAAACAUGAUAUGUGGAGGCUAUGAAGAAGGAGGAAUUGAUUCCUGUCAGGGAGAUUCUGGUGGGCCAUUAAUGUGCCAGGAGAAUAAUAGGUGGUUUCUUGCUGGUGUUACAUCAUUUGGAUACCAAUGUGCAUUGCCUAAUCGUCCUGGGGUAUAUGUUCGAAUACCAAAGUUUGUAAAAUGGAUAAAAAGUUUCACCACAUCUCUUAAGUAA